UCACCGCGCACCAAUUCCACCAAAAAUUCUCUCGUCAGAGAGCGCGCGCCACCUUUCGCCGUCCACCCAUCGCCCCCAACGCUUCUUUGAAAAACCGAAACGCCAGUUCAACUCCCAGCACGGAAACCGCCCACCAACUUUCGCCGCAUGGCCGCCGGUCGCCGGGGCGGCGUCUGAGAGGGCGCCCGCGCGGCGCGCGGCGCGGGUCGGAAGCGGAGGAGGGCGAUCGAGAUGAGGGAGCUCGCCGGCAGCCCCGGGACGUGGAGCGGCCUCUCGCUGCGGGUGGGGCAGCUCGUCUUCGCCGCCGCGUCCGUCUGCGCCACGGCCUCCGCCCUCGGCUUCGCCGCAUACACCGCCUUCUGUUACUUGAUUGCAUCGAUGGGACUACAGGCACUCUGGAGCUUGGGACUUGCUUGCCUUGAUUGCUAUGCCUUGAAAUUCAAGAAAGAUCUCCACAGUGCUGUUCUCCUGAGCUUAUUUGUUGUUGGCGACUGGGUAACAGCAAUCCUGUCGUUCGCGGCAUCAUGCUCAGCAGCAGGUGUAGUUGUUCUCUUCGAUAGGGACAUAUACGCUUGCAGGAAUCCCCAACUCCCUUGUGGAAGAUUUGAACUAGCCAUAGCAUGUGCUUUUCUUUCUUGGGCGUUUAGUGCCACAUCUGCUCUCGUAAUGUUUUGGCUCCUCGCUUCAUUGUGAAUAAAUUUGUACAACCUCUGUCUGUAGCUCCCCUCUGUUUGAUCCCUUCUCUGUAUACGAACUAAUUUUUGAAGACGACAACACAACAGAAGUUCUGAAAUGUCAUACAAGCUCCAUGAACUCUGUUUCCGAGAAACUAAUUGAAUGGAACAUCUGCAGAAAAUUUAUGUUCCAUAUGCUCAA